ACCCCUUCCUCGACCCUGUCCCGCUGCUCGUGGGCAUGCAUGCUUGUGCACUCAUACCCAUCCCUGGUCUGGGCACUAAUGCACCAUGUCUCCCUGCUCCUCAGCAAACUGUGUCCCCGCACAAGGAGGUCACGGGUCCUGGAGUCCCCCCGUGUCCGGUGGGGGACGUGGAGAGCCUGGAGGCAGCACGGAUGCAGCAGGAGCCCCUGGACCCCAGCUCCAGUGCCAGGGCUGUGCUCCUGGAGGGGCCGGGGCCGGGGGGGCCCCCGGGGACCCCGCAGGUGGAGGCCAUGCUGCAGGAGCUGGGAGAGCUGUGGGAGGACCUGCAGAGGAAGCACCAGGAGAACGGCGCCGUGCUGCGGGAAAUUGAUAAGGCACUGAGGCUGGUGGGCGAGCUGGACCGUGCUGAGCGGUGGCUGCAAGCUGUGGCUGGGUCACUCUCAGAGCCAGCCACCAUGAGAAGUCCGGCAGAGCUGCGUCGGGACCUGGAGGACACAGGCCAGCUGGAGAGGCAGCUCCUGCUGUGUGGCCUCAAGCUCCAGGCGCUGCAGAAGGAGGCGGCGGGCAAGCCACCCGCCGAGCAUGAAGGUGCAAGGAAGAUGCAGAGGAAGGUGGAGAUGGUGGAGGAGAAGUUGGCACGCGUGCAGGCAGCCCUGCGGCGCCGGGCGGCAGACCUGCGUGACUCCCUGGUGCUGUCUGAGUUCCUGCAGGACCUUCAAGAGGAGGAAGCGCAGAGCCAGCAGGGACCUGCAGCGCCAGGGAGUGGGCGUUGCAGCUCGCAGGGGUCUUUUCCCCUGCUCUCUGCCCAGGCUGGGCAGCCACUGAGCAGCGAGGACAUGAGCCGCCCCUUGGGAGAGCUGCAGGAGGCCGUGGAGAUGCUGAACGAUGCCGCGAAGGAGCGGGAACGGGUCAUGGAAGUGGCAGCGGAGAGAGAGAGCCUGGAGCGCCUGGUGGCGGAGGUACCCCUGCGCCUGGAGGCCCUUCGAUGCAGAGCCGAGGCACUGGCUCGUGACACUACCCAAGCAGAGAGCAGCUUCACCACAGUGAAGAGCGAGAAGGACCUCCAGGGGCUGCAGGGCUUGCUGAGCCGGCAGCAGGAGAUGGAGCAUGAGGUGUCAGAGAGCCUGCAGGGGCAGCUGGAGGAGCUGGAGAGGGCAGCUGCCCGCUUGCAAGAGCUCUGCCCUGCUCAGCUGUGCCCCGUCAGCCAGGAGGUGCAGGGGACACUGUGGGCCUGGACAGGGCUGCAGAAGCUGCUGCGAGAGACCCGGGCCCGUGUGCAGCAGGCCAGCCGGCUGCGGCACUUCUUCAAGGAUUACUUAGCCAUGAUCUCCUGGACGGAGGACACACGGGCUCAGAUCUUCUCUGAAAGCCCAAGCAGCCACAGCCUCCCGGAGACUCCGUGUGAGGAGCUGGAGAGGAGGAUCGAAGGGAAGCUCAAGGAGUUUGAAGCACUGGCGGUGUUGGGGCAGCAGCUGGUGUCUGAGGAGCAUUACUUGAGUGCGACAAUAAAGGAGCGCUUGGAGGAGCUGCAGAGCAUGCUGGGCUGGGUGCUGGUACGCUGGCGAGCACAGAGGCACCAGCGGGACCUGGGGAGCAAGCAGGAGGACAGAAGGGACCUGGAGAGCCCCUUGGGCUUGUCCCCCACUGGCCAAGAGCAGCACGCCCCUUGUGCUUGGCCCCAGCUGGAGAGCAUCCACAGCCCAGUGGAGUUCACGCCCUGCUCCCUCCUCAAGCCCGUUCAAAGAUCGGAGCCGUGGCUACCAGCAGGAAUGGCCAUCUCCCCACUGGCAUCACCCAUCUCAGAUGCCCCAUCGGGAGUGGAGCAGAGCUGGGGCAGCUCAACACCCCACGGUGCAGGACCCCCUGAGGAGGCUGUCAUCUGGGAUCCUGCCGAGACCUCCACGCUGCUGCUGCCGCCGCGGGGCUCUGGCGGGCUGGGGGGGACGGUCAACCUCAUCCUCAGCAUCGGCAAGAAGGGCGAGAAGAAGAAGGCACAGCCGGUGGCCAGCAGCGAGCAGCUGGGGGAGGAGGCGCUGCGGAUGGUGCAGGUGGAGUCUGGGAAAACCUCCAGCACGAAACGACCACCUGCUGCCAUGGGCAGCCCUCCAGUAUCCAGCAGCGGGACGCCGGCCACCUCCCACACGCUCCCUAAGGCUGGGGCCGGCUCCCUCUUCAACAGCCUGCAGCGGCGGGAGCGGGCGAGGGCCGAGCAGGCCCAGCUGCUGACACUGCAGGGCAUCAUGGGCGCCAGCUCCCUGCAGCCUGCACCUGAGGAGUGCCAUGGCCCCAGCAACACAUGGCCUCAGAAGUGCGGCUGGAGGAAGGGUGGGCUGGGGGCGGCUGCCGCCGGACCCCCGCUCGGGGAGCUGCUGCUCUACGUCAGGAACCCCCUGGUGCGGGACAUCGAUGCCGAAUGUGGGGCUGCCCCCCGGAACCCCCACCUCCCUGACCCGAAAACCACGUGCCCCCACCUUUCCCUGGGCUCCAUGCUGAGCCUGGAGCUGCCCCAGGACAGGGUGGUCCUGGGCUGCCACCAAGGGUCCAUGGUACAGCAGGAGGAGGUGGAGGGGCAGGAACAGCGGCAGGGUGGGGGGCUGAGGCCAUGGGACCCCACAGGCAUGCAUAGGGCUGGAUGGCAGGAGGAGGUAGGUGUGGAUGGGCAUAGUCCCCAGGGGCCCGGCAAGGGGCUGGGGACAUCCCCCAAGAGCGAGCGAGGAACAUGGUUCGAGGAGGUGAGCUUCAACCCCAGCUACAGACAGCAAAGGGCACACAGUGCUGAAGAGGCGCGCUGGAGCCCACGGUGCCCCGGCAGUGCCAGUGAAGACAUCCUGGACUUCAGGCCAAACCGGCCGUCCCGCAUAGGUGGGCUGCACAAGUGGGUCAGCCGGGAGGGGGACAAGCUGGCUGCCCGGCUGGGCCAGGAAGGCAGCCCCAGUGCCACUGGCAGGGCCAGGCAUCGUGAAGCCGCUCGGCUGGAGCUUGGGCCGUCCCCUGCCAGCAUCCCAGGCAGAGCAGGAACCAUCCCUGGUACUGCCCGUGCACAGCGGCCAGCUGGCAGCGGCCAGCCCGGAGAGUCCCUGGCUUCCCCUGCCGCCCCCACCCAGCUCUCUGUCUUCGAGUGGGCACUGGGGUCUCCACAGCCCCCCAGCGCCGUGUCGGGUGCCAGGGAGGUUUGCCACCCUGCCCACGGGCAGUUUGAGGAAGAGGAGGAGGAGCUGCAGGCCAUCUGGAACGGGGCGGGUGAGCGGCAGGCACCCAGCCCGUCGGCAGGCAGCCGUGCCUGCCACCGGCCGGGGAGUGGAGCAGGCAGCCUGCCCAGCCCCGAUGCCACCGCCAGCGGGCCCCUCAUCCUCUCGUCGGCCAACAACGUGCUAGUGGCCAAGUUCACCCUUCCCACCUCCGCCCGGCUCCUCCACAGCCCGUUGGGAGAGAAGAGCCCCGGCACAGGGCACAGCGGCAGUGACAGUCCCAGCAGGCACAGGGUGUGCCCCCACGCAGAGGAGCUGGUGUCUGCAGCCCCCUUGGACAGCCCCGGCGCCUGGGAUCGGUGGAGGCAUGGGGAAGAGGAGAGAGAGGGCAGCAAGGGCCCUCCCGGUAAAAUGGAGUUUCAGAUGAUGGAGGGGACGCUGGAAAGGAAGCACGUGUUGCAGUCAGGAGGGAGGAAGGCCAACUGCCGGGCCUGGGGCCUCUUCCAUGCCGUGCUGAUGAGGCAGACGCUGUGCUUCUACCAGGACCGCAGGGACAGCCUCAAGAGCUCCGUGGUGGCCCUUCCCCUGAACCUCUCUGGGGCGGUCUGCACCCCGGACGCUGAGUACACCAAGAAGACCAACUGCUUCAGGCUUCAGCUGCGGGAUGGCUCUGAGUACCUCCUGAGGGCCCCCUCCCAGCCCCUCAUGAACGAAUGGGUCUCCAAGCUGCAGCAAAACUCAGGUUUCCCUGAAGUGGAUUACUUCCAGGCAGCGGCACAAUGUGUCGAGGGCACCGGCAGUGCUGGGGGUUUCAGCAAGGUCCCGAGCCCUGGGAGCUCCCACCUGCAGGGACAUCAUCAGGUUGCGACCACCAAGAGCCAGGAGAUCGUGGUGCUACCCCACUCAAAGGCACGGCCGCAGUGGCCUCUGGGCAGCCAGGAUGGCCCAGCCAACGGGGCUGUGGCAGCAACAGAGGAUGCUCAUGGGGCCGGGCACAGGGAGCAGCAGUGGUCACCUAGGGGGUCCCCUGGGCUGUGGGACAACAGCUGCCAAGAAGACUACGGGCUGGUGGCCAACAAGAGGAGGUCCUACUCCUUCACCUCAGCCACCUACCAGAAGAUCACCCCGGUGGCUGUGCCCAAGGAGCCAGUGGAGGCCGGGAGCAGCUACUCCGUCACGCUGUACAUCGGGGAGCAAGCACCGGCUGUGCCCCGAGCACGCUGCCACUCCUUUGUGGCACAGCCUGGGAGCCCGCGGGACACGCUGGGGGAGAAGACUCCAGGCCCCCCUCGCCCCAAGAACAAAUCCGUCUUCAAGAAGUUCUUUGGGAAGAAGGAAUGAGCCCCAGCCGAGGAGGGGAAAAGCCCUAGCUUGCCCUUUAUCCUCCUCUUGGGUGCCAUCGUGGCAUGGUCUCCGCUCCCAGCACCAGCUCACUGCUCACCGCCUGCCCGGGGGAGAGAGGCUGUGGCAAGCGGCUCCGCUCCAGCCGGCCCCGGGGCUGCACCAUGCCCCAGCCACCACUGCCCCCAGCCUCAGCCCGGCGCUGAGCACCCCUCCUGCCUGCCCACUGGGUGCUCUCCCUGGGUGCCGCCAGCUCCCCAGGCAUCCUGCUGACACACAGCACAAGCAGGGGUGGGGGUGGGGGGUUGUUUUUAUUAAAAAACAAACAGACA